AUGCUUUCAUCAGGCUUCCCAUUGCACCAGCCACAGCCACUAAGAUACCCUAUCAGGCUUCCCAUUGCACCAGCCACAGCCACCAAGAUACCCUGGGGCCCACUAAGUGAUGGCAACACCCUCAGUGAAUGCAUGAGAAGAGUAACUGUGGAGAAAAAAAUAAGGCAUGGCAUUAACUAUUACAUCCCAGCUGAGGUCUUCACUGGGGUAGCUGUCACAGAUUGGGCACACUGGAGACCUCAGUGGGGCUGCAACUGUGCUGUAAAAGAGUCGACAGAGGAAAGUCCAAAGAAAGAUAAGAAAAAAUUCAUAACUGAAAUGGAAAGGAAUAGUUCAGCAAAUGACGUUGAAUGUUAAAUUUUCUUUGAAGAAAGUGCAGAAACUUUGAUGAAGGAAACAAUUGCUUUAGGAAUGGAAAGCAAACCAAGGAGCCUGUGGGAAUGCUACUUGUACCCUGACUGUCAUGAUUACAGUUUCCAUGAUUAGAGCUACACUGGUUCCUGCCCAAAGAGUGAAGUUUUGAGGAACAAUGACUUUUCCUGUCUCUGGAAUAGCUUUGCAGCCCUGUAUGUUUCCAUUGACACUUAGAAACCCCUUGGAAACAGUCAAAAACAUUUUGUACUGUUCUAGUUUAGAUUGAAUGAAUCCAUAGGGAUUUCCUCCAUGGCAUCUCAAGAUUAUGCUUUGCCUGUAUUUGUGUGUGCCUGACUAGGCUAUAGAGAGGAGCCUUUAUUAGUUCUCUCUAAGCAAGAUCUUUUUAACACUCUUGGAGAGAAUGCCCUGGGAGCUGCAGGCAUUGUUAUUUGGUGAGAUACUAAUUUAACUUCUUUAGAGAGCAGCUGCAGAGAAGUGCAAAAAGUCAUUGAUUCUGAAUUUGAGUCCUACAUUAUCAAAGUCACAGCAGCAGCUGAAGUGUGA